AUGGGUAUGAAAAGUGGCUCCCUCCAACUUCUCUUUCUCAUUUUCUUCUUUUACCUUCAAACCAUAAAACUCAGCACCUGCUACAAGAGUGUCAAUGGCGGUUGCAUAGAAAUUGAGAAGAAAGCACUUCUCAACUUCAAACAAGGUCUCACGGAUCCUACAGGCCGGCUUUCUUCCUGGGUUGGAGAAAAUUGUUGUAUGUGGCAAGGCGUGAGCUGCAACAACAAAACUGGAAAUGUCAUCAAGCUCAAACUUCGCAACUCAUUUCCAAAUAGUUUUGGCAUCAAUGGAACGGGUCAAAGCAUAGGAGGUGAGAUCAAUCCUUCUAUACUCGAUUUGAAAUAUUUGAGUUAUUUAGACUUGAGUAUGAAUAACUUUGGAGGGAUCCAAAUCCCAAAUUUCCUUGGAUCCCUCACAAAUUUGAGAUAUCUCAACCUCUCUGGUGCAUUUUUUGGUAGGACAAUCCCACCAAAUCUCGGAAACCUUUCAAGCUUGCUUUAUCUUGAUCUCAGUUCCUACUUUGAUGAUUCAAAUGUCAAUGAUUUGAGAUGGAUAUCAAGUCUUUCAUCUCUGAAGUACCUUAAUUUGGGAGGUGUGGACCUUAGUAAGGCUGCAUCCUCUUGGCUUCAAAUUAUCAAUAUGCUUCCAUCCCUUUUAGAAUUACAUUUGCCUCAGUGUGUGCUUCUCAACCUUCCACCCUCUCUUCCUUCUAUCAAUUUUACAUCUCUUUCAGUACUUGACCUCUCCAACAAUGGCUUCAAGUCCACAAUACCCCAAUGGUUGUUCAAUCUUAGUUCCCUUACCCAACUUGAUCUCAACUCCAACAAUCUCCAAGGUGAAGUUUCAGAUGCCUUUACGAAGCUAACUUCCCUUCAAAACCUUGAUCUCUCACAAAAUUCCUUCAUUGGAGGUCAAUUGUCAAGAAAUCUAGGGAAGUUUUGUAAUUUGCAGAUGUUGGAACUUUCUUUCAACAACAUCACAGGAGAGUUAACUGAAUUCAUCAGUGGUUUAUCUGAAUGCCCUAGUAGUAGCCUACAGACAUUGGACCUGGGAUACAACCAAUUGACUGGCAACCUGCCUAAUACAUUGGGAUACGUAAAGAAAUUGCAGUAUCUUAUACUUUGGAAUAACAUGUUCCAAGGUCCGAUUCCAAACUCCAUCGGGAAUUUAUCUUCCCUGGAGGAAUUAUACCUCUCCAACAAUCAAAUGAUGGGGAGCAUCCCACAAAACCUUGGGCAGCUCUCGUCGUUAGUUGUAUUGGAGCUCUCGGAUAAUUCAUGGGAAGGUGUUGGUACUGAAGCUCAUUUUGCAAAUCUCUCAAACUUGAGGGAAAUCUCAAUUUAUAAUCGAUCACCAAAUAUUUCAAUGAUCUUCAACAUCAGUUCUGAUUGGAUUCCUCCUUUUAAACUCACAUUCAUCAAGAUCAGAUCAUGCCAGUUGGGACCCAAAUUCCCAACAUGGCUUCGAAAUCAAAGUGAGUUGAACACUUUGGUUCUUGUCAAUGCUAGAAUUUCAGACACAAUACCAGACUGGCUUUGGAAGUUGGAUUUGCAACUCAGUGAACUAGAUCUAUCUGAUAAUAAUUUAAGCGGACAUGUGCCUAACUCAUUACGAUUUAAUGUCUUUUCUGGUGUUGAUCUGAGUACAAACAACUUCGAGGGUCCUCUACCACUUUGGUCUUCCAAUGUGAGCACACUGUAUCUACAUAAUAACUUGUUCUCUGGACCAAUUCCUCUAGACAUUGGUGAAGUAAUGCCCCACUUAACAGACAUAGAUAUCUCUAGUAACUCUCUAAAUGGUAGCAUUCCUAUGUCCAUAGGUAAACUAAAUGCUAUCACGACCCUAGCCAUCUCAAACAAUCAACUUUCUGGAGAAAUUCCUGACUUUUGGAUUAAUAUGCCAGAUUUGUACUUUAUCGAUGUGUCAAACAAUAGUCUAUCUGGUAUAAUACCAAUCUCAAUGGGUUCCCUAAAAUUCCUUAAAUUCUUAUAUCUCUCGAAGAACAAUCUUUCAGGGGAACUUCAAUCCGCAUUGCAGAAUUGUACAGCCAUGGAAACCAUCGAUAUUGGAGACAAUCAAAUAUCUGGGUACAUUCCAUCUUGGAUAGGAGAAAGAAUGCCAUCUUUGUUGAUACUACGUUUGCGGAAUAAUUCCUUUACUGGAAACAUGCCUUCACAAAUAUGUAGCCUCUCUACACUUCACAUAUUGGACCUUUCACAAAAUAAUUUGUCAGGAAUAAUUCCACCAUGUUUAGGGAAUUUGAGUGGUAUGAAAUCUGUGCUUAAUAUGAAUACUGAGCAAUAUGAGGGGAGUUUGCAGGUGGUUGCAAAGGGAAGUAUAAUGGAAUACAAGGAUACAAUCCUUUACCUUGUGAAUGUUCUGGAUCUCUCAAGUAAUGAUUUAUCUGGAAAUAUUCCUGAAGAACUAACAAGCCUUUUCCAAUUGGUCACCUUGAACUUAUCAAUGAAUCAGUUGACUGGAAGGAUACCGGAGAACAUUGGAAACAUGGAACAGUUAGAAACACUUGACCUCUCAAAGAACAAACUUUUAGGUCCUAUUCCACCAAGCAUGGCAUCGUUGACUUUUUUGAAUUACUUGAACUUAUCAUAUAACAACUUGUCAGGUAAAAUCCCCACAAGUAACCAGUUUCAAACAUUCAAUGAUCCAUCAAUUUAUGAGGGUAACCUUGCACUUUGUGGCCUUCCACUACUGACCAAAUGUAUUGACAAUGUUGGGCCAACUCCUACUGAGACCAAAGAAGCUGCAAAUGAUGAAGAUAAGUUUGAAAUGCUAUGGUUAUCCAUCAGCAUAGGAUUGGGAUUUUUCACUGGGUUUUGGGGAGUUUGUGGCACUUUGAUAAUCAAGAAACAUUGGAGGGAUGCUUAUUUCCAUUUCCUUGGGAAAUCUAAAGACUGGAUCAUUGUAUUUGUCUCAAGACAUGCUUAUCGCAUGACAAACAAGCUUUACAUGUAGAUCACAAUAAAUACGGUUGUUUUAUAAAGCAAUGUGUCAUUUCUAAUAAUUUGCAAACGAUCCUGUAUACAAUUGACAAUAAUACAACAACGUUCAUAAUCAUUUUCAAAAGUAUUUAUUACUGUAUGAGAUUUCAUUUAAGUUGAUAAGAAGAUUUAGGUUGGUCUCAAUGAAAAAAUAAAAAGCAAUACAGAUACAAAUUCAAGAGCAGACAUUCAUGGUUUCUUAUCUAAGAUUCAACUUAUACAAAACUAGGAAAAAAUCUAUUAACCCUAGAGAGAAGAAAAAAACAGAAGAUCUGCAUUUCUUUUGGCAAAAACCAACUAAAGCUAAAGUUUCGUUAAAGAUCGUUUCCACAGGGUAGAACCCCCUUAGGAGAUAUAAGAUUUUCACAAGGUUGAUCUUGAGCCUCCAUCCAAGAACGAAUACUUUCAUUUAAGAGAAUAUUUUUGGAUGUGGAGGUCGAAGGGUGGUGGCCUAAGAAGUACUACGGACACCUUUAAGAAAGUGACAUGUCCAUGUCGGAUACCGACAUUUGUCAAACACUUCCCGGCACGUGCCCGGCACUUACCAAAACAUAUCCUAUUUUUUUUUUUCAAAAAGAAAUCCAAACACUUUUCGGACACUUGGAGGACACCUGUGUCCAUUACUUAAAUAUGCAUGUCGAUAGAUUAGAAAUAUAAAACUAUUUAUAAAUUUGAAUAAAAUAACUUAGUAUAUAAUAACAAAAGGAAAAAAAUGUAAAUAUAUAGAAGUUUAUUGCACUUUUUUUAAUCUAUGAAUGAGAUAUAAUAAAGGGUUAAUUACAUAUUUUACCCCUAUAGUUUUAUCCAAAUUUCACUUCGAUCACUAUAAUUUUAAAUUCAACAAUUUAGUCCUUACAAGUGUAAUUUCAAUUUGGUCUUUCUGUCCACAUUGGAGUUUAAAAUUAGCAUUUUUGGGACACUAGUUGAUUUUCUAAGGUGUACACAUAGAAAAAAGUAACCAAAAUUUAGAUGGAAUGACCAAAUUGUUCAAAUUGAAAUAAUAUGGACUAAAGUGAAAUUUGGGUCAAACUAUAAGGGUGAAAAGUGUAAUUAACCCUAUAAUAAAUAUAUAAAAUUAUAUAUUUUAUAUGCAUCCCACACGUGUGUUGUAUUCUACAUUUUUUGAAAUUGUCCUGUCAGCGUAUCCAUGUUCGUGCUUCUUAGGUGAUUUUUAUGGGGUAGUAGUGGUGGUGGGGGAGGAGGUGGUGUUAAUGGUGGUAAUGGUGUGGUUGGUUGGCAGCAGUAGUGGUGGUAGGGGACCAUGGUGGUGGGAGUUAUGGUGGUGGUGGUGGUGGUGGUGGAGAGGAGGUGGUGGUAGUGAAGGCAAUGGCAAUGGUGGGGUAUUGGUCGGUGGUGUGGAGGUGACAUUUUCCAUUGACUUCCAUUUCUCAUUAUAGCAAAUACCAAAAAAUGUAGAAAACAUUUUCUAAAAAAACAAUUUUGCCCAAACAAAUGACGAGUAAAGGAAUGUACCGACUCUGUUUUUUGUACAACACCCUCACAAUGUAAUAAGCUUAAACUGGUUAUAGACUAUUAAUCAGCUAAACCAGUUCAAACUUCACUUGUAAGAGCAUCCACAGGGGGUUGCCAAAGGAGUUGCCAUUGCCAAAUUUUGG